AUUGCUUACAUUGCUGCUUUAUCAAGAAUUCGACGCAAGCCAUAUAGACACGACUUGGGUGCAUUCCUCAGCACUGCUUCUGUAUGCUUCGAUAAACUUGUUAUAUGAUGGCAUCAUGUUCUGGCAGUGUCUUUAAUUAACGAGAGGGCUAAACAAUAGUGCUCUAGGCGCGCGGCCUCUGGCGCUGGCUAGGCCGCAGCGUCGGCAUUAUUCUGCGUUGCCAAAGCUACUAGCAGUUCAGCAGCGAUGGCGCGGAACCUGGUGUGGAAGGACCUCAGCUCGGCACAGCUCGAGUCCAUCCGCCACCCGCACCCAAAGAAGGGCCUUACCGGGCGGGACUUAUUAGCCAAGUACACGGGGCUUAACGACUACCAGACCAACCCAAAGACGGCCAUACACCUGGACCUAUACGUGCACACGUUGCAGUUUGGGGACACGCUAAAGUUCACAGAUGACAAGCUGUCAGGGCUGUUCUCCAUUGUAAAACUGGUGCACCACCGCUCCAUUGACGAGCAGCUCACCAUGGAGCGCUCCUUCCUGCUCUUCAAGGAGCUGCUGCUUGCGCAUAGCGUGCAGCGGCCGCCCUACAGCGUUGGGCUGUUCUCGUUCAUGGAGAUGCAGAAGGUGAUGGACUGGAUGCUGGACAGCUACUACCGCCACUACAAGCUGUACAUGUACAGCUACACAAACAGGGUGACUCUGAGCGCCGCCUCGGCACACCCCAGCGACGUGGUGGAGCUGGCGCCGGAGCUGCCGCCGCUGCAGGAGGCGCUCACGCAGGAGCAGCACGAGGCCAUCCUCACGGAGGAGGAGCGCAAGCGGGAGCAGGAGGAGGCGGCCGCCGCGGCUGCCGCUGCGGAGGCUGAGGAGGCUGAGCGGCAGGCGCGGCUGCAGGAGGAGUACGAGGCGGCCAUUCCGGAGGAGGUCAAGGACCGCGUGGCGUCAGCGGUGGAGAAGGAGCUGGCGCGGCUUCAAAAGGCCAUGGAGGAGCAGUUCACGGCGCAGACGGCCACGCUCAUGGCGAAAAUCGCGACACUGGAGGCGGGCGGGGGGCCGCCCGCGCCGGCCGCCGCCGCCGCCGCCGGUGCCGUGCGGCCGCCCAGCAGCCAACCGCCCGCGGCGGCGGCGGCAGCUGCAGUGAAGCCGCCGUCGGCCAAGCCGUCGUGAUGGGCUCAUAGAGUGUGUGUGUGUGUGUGUGUGUGUGUGUGUGUGUGUGUGUGUGUGUUUGUGUGUGUGUGUGUGUGUGUUGGAGCAUAGAUCGUGGAGGUGGAAUGGAGCAUAGGUUGAGGGGAGCAGGGCAGGUUGGAACGGACUGGAUAAGGGCUUGUGUACUGAUGAGAUACGGCUGAAGGGUACGCCGGCUGUGCUCUCACUAGUACAAUGCCCUCCACGGGUGCGGCUUGCCCCCACGGUAUUAGGGCCAUCCGUGGCUCUCGCCAACGCCGCGUCCCCACGCGCCGAAGCAAUGAUGCGUUUGCGCCUCGGACAAACGACCACUCAGGACGGUGUAAGAGGGCUAGCGUUAGCGAAGUGUUUGCUAGUGAAUGCGAAUGCAAGACGCCGUCGCGAGCUCCAGGCUAGCAAUAAACAUCACGAAAGAAGUUAGUGUCAGCGGCAAUGCGGUUACUUGUUACCUUCGAGACGAGACACUGGUGCGCGCUCCACGCUGCUCCGCAUUCGGCACGCCAAACGGAGUCCGAGUGUCGUGGAGACUGCUGCCGCUUGCAGGGGCGGACGUGUUCCAGCUCGCAACUAGGCUGCUGCCAUUCGCCGCGACAACGCGUAACCCACAAAAUGCACCCACCUGGAACGGAGCCAGGCGUUAUGUACCCGAUACCCA